AUGACCAAUCUUGAAUUCACUAUCCUACUCAUCAAAUUGCAAAGUCAUGUUGAUCCUUCUCUGUCUGACUAUUCGCUGGUCACCUUUGAUGUUGAAAAUUUCUUGAAUAUCAGGAACAAUAAAAGGAAUAUUCCUUCAAAAAAGAUUUAUAAUUAUGAUCAGAUGACUGAUGAUAAAUGGGAAACUUUCAGCAAUAAAGUAGAUGCUUUGGCCAAUGGAUGCUACUUACAAAGUCUCACCAACAAAUCCUCCUUCAACCAGAAUGAAUUGAAUCGAUAUUGGAACCUACUACAAGGUUGCAUUUUAAAAGCAGCUGAUUAUAUAAGAAGAUGA